CUGUUAUUCCUCGGCUCCGAGGGUGAGAAAUGUUGACCAUGCAGGCCUCACUGAUGCGUAUAGUGACAAGAAGCGCAACAACUACUCACACACCGCCAGAGGGCGGCUGGAAAACAGAGAAACCAGUUUCGACAGCAAUGCCGACUGCGAAAAUGGCACAGCGGGAGCGCCGGCACCGCAAGAACGAUAUCAGCGAAAUGCUGUCGAGAACGACCAGCGUCAAGGAGUCCAAGACUUUGUCUACC